GGUUAGGGUAGUUUUGGAAGAACUGUGCUGGUAUAUAACAUACGAGACAUCUCGGUAAGCGGUUUAGGGCUUAAAAGAAUAAACGAAGCCGUAGAAGAGGGCUCUUUCUUGGCCGAGCAAACUUAUCUUCAAAUCUUCAAGAUGGAUCGGUACCAGAGAGUGGAGAAGCCUAAAGCUGAUACACCAAUUGACGAGAAUGAGAUUCGUAUUACUAGUCAGGGAAGGAUGCGCAGUUACAUCUCAUAUGCCAUGAGUUUGCUUCAAGAAAAAGGAUCGAAUGAGAUUGUGUUCAAAGCAAUGGGAAGAGCCAUCAACAAGACUGUGACUAUAGUGGAGUUAAUCAAGAGAAGAAUUGUUGGUCUCCAUCAGAUCACAGCAAUUGGAUCCACAGACAUAACUGAUACAUGGGAGCCCCUUGAGGAAGGCCUCCUUCCUUUGGAAACCACUAGGCAUGUGUCAAUGAUUACGAUUACCCUUUCCAUGAAGGAACUGAAUACAUCUUCUGUUGGGUACCAGUCUCCCUUACCUGCAGAACUGGUGAAGGGAUCAGCAGAAUUUGAUUAUGAAGGAGAGGGCUCACCAAAUGGCCGAGGUAGGAGUCGAGGUGGUAGAGGGAGGGCAAAGGGUAGAGGAAAUGGAUUUGUUAUCGUAUAUGAAGAUGGCGGUUGGGAUCGCAACAGGGGCCAUUUCAGAGGUAGGGGAAGAGGACGAGGACGGAGUUUCCGAGGCCGUGGGAGAGGAGGGUACAAUGGACCUCAUGCUGACAUGCAGCAAGAUGGAGGUUACAAUUAUGAUGCACCUGCUCAAGGCCGUGGUCGUGGCCGCGGGAGGGGAAAUCGUGGAAGGGGCCGCGGAUUUAGAUCCAAUGGGCCGAUCCAGGCAACUGCGUGAGAUGCUCAUGUGGCUUUCCUUUGAUUGCAGUGCUGUUGACCAUGUUUUAUGUCUUCUCCAAUAUCAUAUUUUAUUAGUCUCUUUUAUCCAAAUUUUCCCCUAUGUCCGAAUUAGGAGUUUUUUAUUUUUAUUUUUUUAACUUUAGGACAUAUUCAUCUGUAGCCCUUAGACUAAUCUUUGUAGCUUGGAAUUGUUGGCUUUGAGGCGUUCUAGGUGUAAUGUGUUGCUUGAAGCCUUGAACAAUCGUAACUGUGUUUAUUUCUUUUGAGCAGUGCAUUCUUUUAUUUUUCUGUU